ACUUGUUAAGAACCCGAGGGAGUAUCAUUUAUGGGUUUCUCCUGUUCGCUUCCUUCAAGUUCUAAAUUCUCAUUUUCCGGAAGUUUCAAAUCAUCCUAUUGGAUUAUAAUAUGACUUUUCAUGAUGCAGGAAAUUCUUUAAUAUGAAUUGAGUUGAAGAAAUUGCAGCCUUGAAGUUGAAUUGAAUUGAUAAUGGAACAAGGUACGGGUUCUAAUGCUAAUCCUUUAAGUGUUGAUAAGACUAGGGUUUUGGAUGUGAAGCCUUUGAGAUGUCUUUCCCCUGUAUUUCCAUCCCAAAGUGAAAUGUCAUCUCUUUCAACUCCACAACCCUCACCUUUUGUUUGUGUUCCUCCCACUGGUCCUUUCCCAAGUGGGGUUUCUCCAAUUUUCCCUUUUGUAGCUCCAAAUGAAACUAGUCAACAAACUACAAGUGGGGUUCCUUUAAAUAGUGGGAGGUCAACGAGGCCUGGCAGAAGUGCUGGAGCAGAUGGUUUAGCGGUAGAAGAUGAUGGUGUGCAUGUUAAUGAUGUAGAGGACUCCAGUACUGGAAAGAAAAAGGGAAGACCGAAAAAGCCUAAGAGGUCUCAGCAGGCUGCUGAGUUCCCUCGUGUGGAAGUGGAUGUCGAACCUCUGUUAAACCAGCUGCUCACGUCGUUUAAGCUUGUUGAGUUGGAUCAAGUAAAGAAAGCUGAUGGUGACAAGGAGGUAGUCGCGAGGAUACUAUUGGUUUUUGACUUGUUCAGAAGAAGGAUGGCCCAAAUUGACGAGUCCAGGGAUACAAGGCCAGACUUAAAAGCUUCUAAUAUGCUGAGGACGAAGGGAAUUCGUACAAACCAAACAAAGAGGAUUGGAAAUGUACCUGGGGUUGAAGUUGGUGACAUCUUCUUCUUCAGGAUGGAACUGUGUAUAGUGGGCUUGCAUGCACCAACUAUGUCUGGGAUAGAUUAUGUGAGUCCCAAACUAACAAGGGAUGAAGAACCUCUUGCAGUCAGCAUAGUGUCUGCGGGAGGAUAUGAUGAUGAUGGAGGUGACGGAGACUUGUUAGUUUACACUGGCCAGGGUGGAGUCCAGAGAAAGGAUGGGAAAAUGUUUGAUCAGAAACUUGAGGGGGGCAAUCUUGCUUUGGAAAAGAGUGUGCAUCGUGCCAAUGAGGUAAGAGUAAUUAGGGGUGUUAAGGAUGUCGCAAAUCCAACUGGUAAGAUCUAUAUUUAUGACGGACUUUAUAAGGUUCAGGAAUCAUGGACAGAGAAAAGCAAGUCGGAGUGCAAUGUUUUCAAGUACAAACUUGUGAGAGUACCUGGGCAGCCUGAAGCAUUCAAAGUAUGGAAGUCAAUUCAGCAAUGGAAGGAUGGUGUGGCGUCACGUGUUGGAGUCAUCUUACCAGACUUGACAUCUGGUGCGGAGAGACAACCAGUUUGUCUUGUUAAUGAUGUAGAUGACGAGAAAGGACCUGCCUAUUUCACAUAUAUUCCUACUCUAAAGUAUUCAAAACCUUUCAUAAUGCCUAGACCCUCUCCGGGUUGUCACUGCCUUGAUGGGUGCCAAUCUGGUGACUCUAAUUGCCCUUGUAUUCAGAGGAAUGAAGGCUUUCUGCCUUAUAGUUCACUCGGAGUUCUUAUGAGUUACAAAACCUUGAUACGUGAGUGUUUUUCAGCCUGUUCAUGCCCUCCUGACUGCCGAAAUCGAAUAUCUCAAGGGGGUCCUAAAGUUCGUUUGGAAGUUUUUAAAACAAAAAAUAGAGGUUGGGGGCUCAGGUCUUUGGAUCCUAUACGUGGAGGUGGUUUUAUUUGUGAAUAUGCUGGAGAAGUCAUUGACGUUGGUAAUGACAAGGAUGACAAUUACACUUUUGAUGCGACCCGUAUAUAUGAACCACUGGAAGCUGUACACGAUUAUAAUGACGAGUCUCGAAAAGUCCCUUUUCCCCUUAUAAUAAGUGCCAAAAAUGGUGGAAAUAUUGCUCGUUUUAUGAACCAUAGUUGUUCACCUAAUGUAUACUGGAAGCUUGUUGUACGAGAAAGUAACAACGAGGCAUACUUCCAUAUUGCCUUUUUUGCCAUUAGACACAUUCCUCCCAUGCAAGAAUUAACCUAUGAUUAUGGUAUUAACAAAGCAGAUCGUAGGAGAAAGCAGUGCUUAUGUGGCUCGUUGAACUGUAGAAGGUAUUUUCACUAGUCUUCAAGGUCUGAUAACAGGAGUUUCCUAGUCACAAAUCCACCAGAUCAGAUGGUCAGAAGUUGAAAAUAUGGACAAAGGCGCUGAGCAGCUACCCUUGAAUGGACGGCUUCAAACUGUAGAUUUAUCGCAUCACUGGGAGACAAGCCCUUGGUAUUUGUAGUUGUAUCUUAUCAGCUUACUAAAGCUUUUGUAACUGUUUGUAGCUUUGAUGCAUUAAACUUUAGGAUUGUAAUUUCUAAUCAGCUUGGUGAGGCAUAGGUCUAGCUAAUCAUAAUUUUUGUAUUUCUCAUCGGCCGGUAGUAUUGAACUAUUCCCUGUUAUUUUGUUGUAUCUGCUUGUUUUUCAAUCCCUCCUCUUUUACUUUGUUUGGAAUGAAAGGGGAAAGGAGAAUAUCUUAUCACUUCCA